AAAGAACUUUUUUUCUUAUAGCCCCUUGUGUUCAUAGAAUACCUACCUAAGUAACAUGGGGCAUAAAUUAGCAGAAAUCACUCAUCACCAGUUCAUGCAAGGGCUUUUUUGAUUGAAGCUUAUGAAUGAACUUUGAUUUCCAUUUUUUUUAUAUUCAUUCUGCUAUAGCAUGGGUGCACAGUCUGUGGCCCAGGGGCCACAUGCGGCCCCUCAAGGCUUUUUGAGCGGCCAUGAGACCUCUCCUCAGUGCUCAGUUGCAGCCAACUUUCGGCAUUAAUGCUACUUCCUACCAGAAGUCAUAAGAUUAAGAAGCUACAGAAGAGGAAGUUGCAUGAAUAGAAAGGCUCCAGGAAUUCAUUGCCUUCAACAGCUACAAAGGGAAACUAUGUUCCAGCUUCCUGUCAACAAUCUUGGCAGUUUAAGAAAAGCCCGGAAAACUGUGAAAAAGAUAUUAAGUGACAUUGGUUUGGAAUACUGUAAAGAACAUAUAGAAGAUUUUAAGCAGUUUGAACCCAAUGAUUUCUAUUUGAAAAACACUACAUGGGAAGAUGUUGGAUUAUGGGACCCUUCACUUACAAAAAAUCAGGACUAUCGGACAAAACCAUUUUGCUGCAGUGCGUGCCCAUUUUCCUCAAAGUUCUUUUCUGCUUACAAAAGUCAUUUCCGGAAUGUUCAUAGCGAAGACUUCGAAAACCGGAUUCUUCUCAAUUGCCCCUACUGUACUUUCAAUGCAGACAAAAAGACUUUGGAAACGCACAUUAAAAUAUUUCAUGCUCCCAAUGCCAACACACCAAGUGGAGGCAUCAGCACUUUUAAAGAUAAAAACAAGCACGAUAGCCUUAAACCUAAGCAGGCUGACAGUAUAGAACAAGCUGUUUAUUACUGUAAGAAGUGCACUUACCGAGAUCCUCUCUACGAAAUAGUUAGAAAGCACAUUUACAGGGAACAUUUUCAGCAUGUUGCUGCACCUUAUAUAGCAAAAGCAAGUGAAAAAUCACUCAAUGGAGCUGUAUCCUUGAGUUCUGGUUCCCGAGAAGAGAGUAUGAUUCACUGCAAACGAUGCCUUUUUAUGCCGAAAUCAUAUGAAGCUUUAGUACAGCAUGUUAUUGAAGACCAUGAGCGCAUAGGAUAUCAGGUGACAGCAAUGAUAGGGCACACUAAUGUGGUAGUCCCAAGAUCCAAACCUUUGAUGUUGAUUGCUCCAAAACCCCAGGAUAAAAAGCCUAUGGGACUUCCUCAGAGAUUGGGACCCCUGUCUCCUGGAAAUGUUCGUUCUCUUCCAUCACAGCAAAUGAUAAAUCGACUAAAUAUACCAAAGCCUACAUUGAAUUCAGGAGUUAAUAUGAUGUCCGGUGUUCACUUACAGCAGAAUAACUAUGGAGUGAAAUCUGUACCACCAAGUUAUGUUAGUCAUACAGGACGGCUAAGUUUAACUGGUAGCUCCCCAGUGUCUCUAUCCCAGCAAUCCUUGAAACAGUAUCCUCCCAGUGGAAAUGGGAGGCCGUACCCUCUUGGAGGAGAACCAAGACCACAGACUUCUGCAAGGUACUCUCUUCAAUCUGCCAACGCAUCUACACUUUCAUCCAGUGCAUUGAAAUCAACACCAUUAGCCCAAUCUCAGGCAGCAUCCAGAGGAUUAGCGCAGUCCACAUCCAAACCCCUCGGAGCAAAUGCUACAGCUGUCGCUUCUGCUGUUAAUACUUCAUCAACGCAGAAAUGGAAAAUUUGUACAAUCUGCAAUGAGCUGUUUCCAGAAAAUGUGUACAGUGUUCAUUUUGAGAAAGAACACAAAGCUGAAAAGGUGCCUGCGGUUGCUAACUACAUAAUGAAAAUACACAAUUUUACUAGCAAAUGUUUAUACUGUAAUCGCUACUUGCCCACUGAUACAUUACUUAACCACAUGUUAAUUCAUGGCCUGUCCUGUCCCUACUGUCGCUCCACUUUUAAUGAUGUUGAAAAGAUGGCUGCUCAUAUGCGAAUGGUUCAUAUUGAUGAAGAAAUGGGACCUAAAACAGAUUCCACUUUAACAUUUGAUUUGACAUUACAGCAGGGUAGUCACACCAAUAUACACUUACUUGUAACUACCUACAAUUUGAGAGAUGCCCCUGCUGAAUCUGUUGCUUAUCAUGCUCAAAAUACUCCUCCAGUUCCUCCAAAACCACAGCCAAAAAUUCAGGAGAAGACAGAUUUACCUGUCAAAAGUUCGCCUCAAGCAGCAGUUCCAUAUAAGAAAGAUGUGGGGAAAACUCUUUGCCCUUUGUGUUUUUCCAUCCUCAAAGGACCCAUCUCUGAUGCACUGGCGCAUCACUUAAGGGAGAGACACCAAGUUAUUCAAACAGUUCAUCCCGUAGAGAAAAAGCUCACAUAUAAAUGUAUUCAUUGCCUUGGAGUGUACACUAGUAACAUGACUGCCUCAACUAUAACUUUGCACCUUGUCCAUUGUAGAGGUGUGGGGAAGACACAAAAUGGUCAAGACAAAUCUAAUAUUCCCUCUCGGAUAAAUCCGUCUCCAGGUACAGGACCUGUGAAACGUACUUAUGAACACAUGGAAUUUUCUCUUUUGAAGAAAAGAAAAAUAGAUGAUGAUGAUUCACCCUCGGUUUUUGAGGAAAAGCCUGAAGAACCUGUAGUACUUGCUUUGGAUCCCAAAGGUCAUGAAGAUGAUUCAUAUGAAGCCCGAAAAACAUUUCUCACCAAGUAUUUCAAUAAACAACCAUAUCCCGGUCGAAGAGAAAUUGAAAAGUUAGCAGCCAGUCUUUGGCUAUGGAAAUCUGAUAUUGCUUCACAUUUUAGUAACAAAAGGAAGAAAUGUGUUAGAGAUUGUGAAAAGUUUAAAAUGGGUGUUUUGCUAGGAUUCAACAUGAAAGAAUUAAAUAAAGUGAAACAUGAAAUGGAUUUUGAUGAUGAAUGGCUAUUUGAAAACCAUGAUGAAGAGAAUUCUAGAGUCAAUGCUAGUAAAACGGUUGAUAAAAAAAUAACCUUAGGUAAAGAUAAUGAAAGUUCUUCAGACAGUUAUGAAAAUAUAGAUGAAUUCAAUGAAAGCAAUAGUCCUUUUGUAGAAGUUGUUUCUGAUCAUAAAACAUCUAUAAUUAGUAUAAAUGAAAACACAGAUGAAAACAUAUCUGAGGAGGCACCCUUGGAAGCCGUGUUGGAGCCUCCAGAAAAAACAGACCAAAAAGAGAAUGGAGGAGAUUCAAAAAUCCAGGAAAGUUGCUCUGCAGCAGAACCAGGAAAGCAGGCGGCUAAUGGCUCAGACAGUGAAGGUGACCAAGAAGAUCAGGAUGAUGUUAUUGAAUGGAAAGAUCCAGUAUCAGCCUCUGAAAGCGGACCUGGUUCUCAACAGGCGUCUGACUUUGAAGAUAAUGCAUCUGAAGUGAAGCCUGAAACUUGGACUGAUGAAUCAUCCCAAAGUGAAGAUGCUAAUAGUAAACCAGGUGCAGAAACUAAAUGUGUUGUCUCUGAGGGUGAUGGAGACCAUUCAAAAUGGAAGAAUAGUUCCUAUGGAAAAAUAGGUGAGUUUUGGUCUAAGGACCAGUCACAGUGGAAAAAUGCAACAGAAAUUAAUGAGAAGUUGUCAAAUCCACAGAUGGAGUGGCAAAAUAGCACAAUUGACAGUGAGGAUGGAGACCAGUUUGACAACGUGACUGAUGGGGUUACAGAAUCAAUGCAUAGCAGCCUAACGGGGGUAGAGCUGAGUAGCCAGCAAGCAUAAAAGUUGGUUAACUCCAUGACCUCAAUAUCUCCCACUUGACAACUGUCUAAAUACUUUCAUUUACAAUGAAUUCUAAAGUUCAUUAUAACUGGUACUGCCUUUUGAGUGCAAGGUCAUCUGGCUAGUGGCUACAAAGCCAAUUCUAGUACUUAUUUCAAAGUAUGCUGUUGGCAAAUCUCACUUGAGAGUAUGUGCUGUGAUGAGCACAGUAACUUAAUGUGAAAACUGAUAAUGCUGGUAGCUCCCAGUUCACUGAAGAAAAGGUUUAUUUUAUUGGCAUUUUCAACAUUUAUUUCACUGUAUAUGUUCAGCUGUAUGUCUUUUUAAACAUUACCUUUUCCACAUGGUAGUUAUAGGGCCAACAUAAGAGCUACCAGUUCAAUGUGUAUAGUAGACUCUGGGAAAAAUUGUUUUUUCAUGUAUCAUUCUGAAUAGUUGAAAUGUAUAUUUGUACAGUCUUUUAGACCUACUCAAGUGAUGCUUAUGCUAUUGUUCUUGUGUAUCCAUCAUAGAUUUGGUUCUUUUCCCCUUUUUUUAGUGUUGCCCUGCUGUGUAAUAAAUGCUGUAUCUAGUUUACCUAGCAAAAAGCUUGAAACUGCUAUAGUAUGAAUUUUGACAGAUUUAGUUUUUGCACAUAACCUUGUACAAUCUCAAAGAGGCCAGCAACAUAAAAUAUAUCUGGACUCUUACUGUAUUAUAGAAUUUUCUUGUUCUUGAAUAUCCUUGACAUUAUAACUGAUGACUAUGAAUUUCAGAGACAUUUUCUGAAAUCUUUUAAGCUAAAAUCACAUGCAAGAAACAAGUUUGCAGCUACUAAUUUUGACACCUUUUAGAUCUGUAUAAAACUGUACUGUGUUAAAAGCAGCAUACGGAAAUGAGUGCUGCAUUUUUUUGGAUAUUUAGUUUUAUCUUUAGUUAACACCUCAUGGUGUUAUUCAUUUAUACCAUCUAAUAUAUGACACAUUGUUGUAGUAUGGAUAAUUUUGUGAUCUUUAUUUCCCCUUUGUAUUCAUUUAAACAUCUAAAUAAAUUGCUGUAUUGUGCUUAAUGUAAAUAUUUGCUUUUAUUACAAAUUCUGAAUUACCUGUUUCCCAAGUCAUUAUGAUGGCUUUUGUUGAAAGAAAACAAAAUUCAGAUGCUAGAAUUUAUGCCUUGAGAAAAUGAAGUUUAUCUACAGAGUUCUGUAUUAACAAACAUAAACUAUCUAUGUGCAAGCUAGUGUUAAUAUAUAAUCUACUGAACCAAACAGAUAGAAAUGUAUUAAAAUUACAGUACUGUAUAUGGAUUUGCAGAUGCAGCAUAAAACAUCCAAACAUUUUAAAAUUCUGUUGUUUUCAAUGACAGUUUAAAGAUGUGCUUAACACUCCUAUUGAAAUCAUAUUUAAAAGUACUUUUUUUGCAAGUUGACAGUCCUUAAGAUUUGCUCCUUGUAGUAAAUCAGUGAAUGGAUUUAAAUGUGUCUCAUACCCAUUAUUUGCAGAUACGCUAUUUGAGUUUUUACACACAUCAGUGUAUGGGAUUGAAGGGUGUAUUGUCAAUGUGUAUUUUUGUCGUAAUGAGGUUUCUACUGUAGCAGACUUAAUUGUAGAGCAUUUUAUACGAUCUUUUUUUUUUAAUUUGUCUAGUUCUCAAACCAUGUUUUCCUUUUUUCAUAAUAUUUUGCUUAUAUUUAAAUGCCUAGUUUAUUGCAUUGUGAUGCAGUCUGCUGGAGUCAAGGAUGUAUUUAUUAUACGUUCUAGCAGAGGGGGGAAAUUGCUAAAUCUGUACUGGUGUAAACUUGACAAUAUUUACAUUAAUUUCCAGUAAAAAUACUUAAGAAAGAUUUGUUAAAAUUUAAAAAUCCCGCUAAUGCUGUAACUUUACAUUUGAAUUAUUGCAGAAAAAAAUUACACCUCGAUGGUAAAGUAGCAAUCUUCACCUUACAGUUUCUAGGAGAUUAUAAAUUGGAUACCAAAUGAUCACAAAAUCCAAUUCACCAGAAGUUGGCAAUCUGCUAUUUAUGUUUGGCUCAUUGAAAGUAUGUUAUGGAUAUUCUACCCAAAUAUCUGUCAUAAUGGUUCUGGCCCAUUACAAAACACAUUAAGCUGUACCUAUUCACCCCUGGUUGUAGAGCAACACUUACCCAAAUGUGCCCCCCGCCCCCAAAAGGCUUAGUAAGCAGAAUUCCAGAGCUGCAGAUUAGAAAACUGAAAAAGAAUUGGCAGAAGAUAAUGACAAAUCAUGUAUGUAUAGUUGCUUAGAAAACAACAUAGCUUGUCCAUGAAAUUCCAAGAUAUAUUAAAGAUUGGCUUGAAGGGACUUUACUUUUACAAUCUCCCAUAUUUUUCUUUAUAAGAAUACAUGGGGAAAUGAGACCACCUGGUAGUCACCAGGAGUUGAGUUCAAGUCCAGGUAAUCUUUAAGACGUGUUCAUUUUCUAUCCGCUCUAUUCCGAUCUGAAGGAUUUCUUCCUCUUCUGAAUAGUUACGUGCUAUUAAUUAGACUGCUUGCCUAUCUUAGCUUUAGCAGGCAUAAAUGCCUUUUCAUUUAUGGUUCCUCUCUUUAUGUACAAAUAUUCCCAAGUCAUUUUAUUUCCAUCAAAUAUAUUCAUUGAUUUGCAUGAGCACCAGAUUGCUGAUAAUUUUUGCAGAUUUAAAUAGGAUGCAAUGACCUUAGAAUUCCUGUUUAUCCAGUUUCAAAUAGUGAAACAUUUUAUAUUUUUAAACACAACAGUUGUGUGUUUGGGAGUAUGAUAAAAAAAAUCAAGUCAUUUUGGAGUUAAUAGUUCAUAACAAUUGCAUAUAUUCUAGUUGCAGAUAUCGUAAGAAGUGUAAAUAGAACCUGACUCUUAGUUUUCAUUGUAUUUUGUUUUGUCUUCAGGUUAGUGUUGAUUGACUCCCUGGACAAAUCCUUGAACAACAUUUUUCAGAAAUAGUUUGUCACUGCCUUCUUCCUAGGUCUGAAAGACCAAACUUUACCUUGUCUGAUUUUAUGCAUGCAACAUGAUUAGAAUUCCUGGUUUCUAGACAAUAUAU